AUGACCGCUUCGCUGCUGGUGGCGCACAAGCCAGAAGGGCGCGCGCUGCUGGUCGUCGGCGCGAACAAGCUCGCGGCGAUCCGUGUACAGGCCGCGCAUGCGGCGGGGAUGGUGCCAAUCGUCGUUUGGUCGGGGACGUACGAGGAGAGCCACACGGAGCUCCAGGCGGCCGUGCGCAAGGAAGCGUUUCAUGUCAUUGCGCACGACGCGCUCUUCCCAGAGGGCACCGGGGGGGAAGAAGCGUGCGCCAAUGCGUGGAACGCGCUCUUUGACGAAGUCGAUGUGGACGCAUCGCUGUUUGCCGUGUGCGUCACCGACACGCUCGCCCCAGAAGGCACCGACACCGGCCGCCGCCUCGCACGCUGCGCGCUGCUCGCGACGCUCUGCCGCAAGCGGCGCCUGCCGAUCAACGUGACGGACCAGCCGGACCUGUGCGACUUUAGUUUUCCGGCGACGCACCGCUUUCCGUGCACGAGCGACGGCGCGCAAGUUCCGUCGCCGCUGCAAAUUUCCGUGACGACCAACGGGCGUGGCUGCCGCCUCGCAGGGCGCAUCCGGCGCACGCUCGUCGCAGCGCUGCCUGCCAACGUCGGCGACGCGGUCGAGCGCAUCGGCGAGAUGCGCGAAAUCGCCAAGCAGGAGGACGGCACGAACGGCGAGCUGGAAGACGAUCCCCGCCUCGAUACCCUUGGCUACAAGCCCGAAAAGCGCGAUAGCGCACAGCACCGGCGCAUGCGCUGGGUCGCACAGAUCAGCGAGUAUUGGCCGCUGGAGCGCCUCGCGCGUCUGACCACCGACGAAAUGCACGGCCUCCUCGCCGAGCAGCUCCACAACGCAAGCGACUCGCCGGCGCGCGGCACGCCCGAGGCGGAUGUGCGCCCGCCGAAGCGCUCGCGGCACGCGUUGCGCCUCGGCGCAGGCACCGAAAAAGGGCGCGUGUUCCUCCUCGGCUCCGGCCCAGGGCACCCCGGCCUCUUGACCGUCGCCGCGCACCAUAUUCUGACGUCGCCCGAGACGGACUUGAUCCUGUCCGACAAGCUCGUCCCAACGUCGGUCCUCGCGCUGAUCCCCGAGUCGACGCCGCUCGUGAUUGCGAAAAAGUUUCCGGGUAACGCCGAAGGCGCCCAGUCGGAGCUCAUUGCGCUCGCAAAAGACGCCACGCAGCAGGGCAAGACGGUCGUGCGCCUGAAGCAGGGCGACCCGUAUGUCUACGGCCGCGGAGGCGAGGAGCUCGUUGCCUUCCGCGAGGCGGGCAUCGAGUGCGCCGUCAUUCCCGGCAUUUCGAGCGCGCUUGCGGGGCCACUCCUGGUCAACAUCCCGGUGACGCAGCGGGGCGCAGCCGAUAGCCUCGUGCUGUGCACCGGUGUCGGGCGCGGGGGACGCCGCGUAUCCCUGCCGGGCUACGAGCGUGGCCGCACGCUUCUGAUUCUUAUGGGCGUCGCGCGCCUGCGUGCGGUGGUCGAGACGCUUACCGGCGCGAGCUCGGAAGGACGCAAAGGCGCGGCCUACCCCCUACAUACGCCGAUUGCCAUUGUCGAGCGUGCAAGCUCGAGCGACCAGCGCGUCAUUGCCACGACGCUCGACCGCAUCGUCGACACCAUCGAGAACAAGGUGCCGGACGGCCAGCGGCCGCCGAGCAUGAUGGUCGUCGGCUGGGCCGUCCUUAGUCUCGCCGGAGCUGUCGCAGGUAACGGCGUGAUGGACGACGAAGAAACGUGCCUCGCAUCGCAUCCCGAGGACGCCGAACGCCGCCUGGCGCAGCUCGACGCGGAGCGCAUCGCGCGCUGGCUGGGCGGAAACGCGUUCCUCACGCACGAGGGGCUCCCUGAGGGCUACAAGCUACUGGACCCCUACCUUAGUGCACCCAAAUCCCACGACCUCGGCACGCGCUCCGAGUCGGGGUGGGCCGCACCACGCUACCAAAACGCACCCACCGGCGGAUGGACCGCCGGCGAGCAUGCGCCAUAG